UGUUGUGUAAAAGUGAUAAGUCAGAAAUGGUUAUUUUUAAUAAUAAUAUAAAAAUGCGUUUUUCUCCUUUUAUCCAAAAAUUUCUGAAUCCUUUUGCUUCUUCUUCACUUCAGUCCCCAGCAUCAUCAAACUUCAUUUUAAGCUUUAAGGUGUUUUCUCAUUUUGGCUCCACACUCGCAAUCUUUCCAUUCUAUCUGUCCAAUUCGACAGGAAAAUGGAAGUUCCACAGUUCAUUCGCUCGGAAAUCCUUCUGUUAUACAAUAUGUAUUGUCACAAUUACCAUUAUUGUACAACUCACUCCAGAUUAUCUAAUUCAAAGCUCAUGGGCAAGGAAAGUCCAACAUCCUACAGAUCGAUUUGCAUUUUUUUGCUUUCUAGGGACGUUUUUCUUCCUUCGAGUAAUUUGCUACGCAAUUUCAAUGUGGAAAUCUAGCUCAGUUGUGACAUUGAUUCAAAAAUUUCAUUACUAUGACCAAGAAUUUGCAAGAUCUUCUGGAAAUAAGGGGACGUCCAUGAGUAAUGAAAUGGCGACAGGGAAAAUUUCUCCAUUCUGUCUACAUCUCUGGUUACUCGUAUUUGGCUCAUUUACCACAAUCCUGGGAAAUUUCUUGGUCGCCCAAAAAGAUUUUGCAAUGUUAAUUAGUGGAGAAACUCAUAAGUAUUACCUGAUCAAUGUAAUUACUGGAAGGAAUACACAUUUGGCAAUUUUUCUAAUUUUCUUUUCGCACUCUAUAUGCGAAUUUGCAUUUGUGUUUUAUAUGGGCACCCUCGUCUACCUUGUGCGAGGCUUGAAACAAAAGCUCUUGGAAUUGAAGGAAGUGCUUAACCAUUUUUCCAAUCCCCACGACAAAAGUUUUGCUUUAACCAGAGACUGGACUUUCCUCCCGAUAACAACAAAGUUUCGAAUGAGUCUCGAUAGAAAAAACCACUGGGUCGACGAGACAAGGAACGCGAACUACUUUUUCGAACCAGUCUCAAAAUUUAGAUACCUGAUCGAGAUUUGCAGAGAAAUUAAUUCUUUUUGUGGAGAGUUUAUCCUUAUCUUUGUUGGCUUGUCUCAACUCAUGAUGAUAUUUCUCAUUCACGUAACAUCAUCAACGUUGAUUUCAUUGGCAGCAACCGACCAAGCAAGACUAGCUGAACAUUGGGAUCCUGUAUUUGUAAACCGUGGAGUAUUUACUUUGGUGACUGCCUUUGUCUUUUCCGUGAUGAAGGUUGGAAUUUUGAUUAACGUUGGAGAACAAUUGAAAGCAGUAGGUGAAGAAGUGAUGUGUAAUUUCAGUUUGAUAGACGACGCCCAUUUGCCAGAGGAGAAAGCAAUGCUUAACGACAUCCGACGCCUCUCAAAAGCUCACAAGUUCGAAAUAAGAGCUUGUGGGUUUUUCGUAUUAAAUAGAAGACUUGUAGUUCAAAUGAUUGGAUCCAUGAUCUCCUUUAUCGUGGUACUUGCACAGUUUCGAUCCACCGAAUAG